AUGCAGGUCAAAGAGGUCUGGGGCGCACUGCUCCGUGCCGCGGAGUGUUCCGCGAAGCAAGCGGGCAGCGGAGCGGAAACUGCUGUGGAGGACACCGUGGCGGGUGUACUGUUACGCUACCCACACCUGAGCAGCGAAGAAACCACGUUUGUCCGCAACUGCGCCUUCAACCUUUCGAGGUUUGCGGCUCUGUGCGAAGGCGCUUUUCAGGGGUAUCGAGACUGCUACAAGCGCAACAGUACCUACCGACCAUCCAUGUAUCUUGUUGCAUAUCUCCUCAUCUUUCAGUACCGCGCGCUUGGCGGCGCGACUGUUCGUGAGAUGUUUGAGAGUAGCAUGCCGACGCCUCGCCUCUGCGAGUUCGUGGAGUUUCUCUUAUUCAGUGAGUCUGUGUCGCGCUACGCAGUUCCGCUGUGGCGAGCCGUCUACGAUGACUCCUUCAUUCAGCGCCACGUUCUAGCCUCUCUAUCUUCGGUCGCCGACGACGCGACGCAUGACGUCUUGGAGUGGUUUCACCGACAACCAUCCAAGUCUGGAACAGCGGUGGCGUGCCCUGCGACAGAGGAGACCGCUGCUCUAGACAGCACACACCUCACCCUUCCUCCCUCUUCAUCUGCGGUGCCGCUGCGGCCGCUAGCCGGUUCGCGUUUGCCUCCGAACGAGGUGCGUGAAAUGGUCUUCACAGUGCCAGAGCCGCGCCUGCCGCGCAUCAAGUCCAGCCCAGCCCCGGCAAACGCUCCGCUGAAGAGGGAGCCAACGACGCCUGUCGGAUUCUCCUUUCAUCAGCGCGAGGCGGCUGUCUCUGCCGCCCACUCUGAAAAAGCGGCGGAGUGCUCGACCAGUGCGGAUCAAAACACAGCACAAGGGGGAGCGCGUCUGCCACCUGCACAGCUGCGCACCAUGCUCUCCACAUCGAAGUCGGUGCCCACCACCGUGGCGGCGCUCUGGCGAGAGAGGCGCGCGCAAGAACGUCAGCGGGACAACGCGGAAAGGGCGCUGCGUGAGCUGGAGGUGACGGUGCACGAUUCGACGGAGUUUGACCUGUGGCGGCAGGCUCAACUAGAAGAGGAGGAGCGGCGGCGUCAGAUGGAGGUACUGCGGCGCCACCUUUGCGCCAUUGAGGCUUCAGACCGAGCACGAGCCCAGCGUGAGCAAACGAUGCAGGCGCGCCGGCGACAGAUUCAGAGGAUGAGGGUGCAGUACCAUGCGGAGAUGCAGGCCAAUAGGCGGGAGCAGGAGCACGCGCUCCGCGAGCAUGAGGAGCAUGUUCAGCAACUGCGCAGCAAUCUCUCUCGCAACUGCGCUGCUGCGGUCGAGAAGGUUGCGGCAGAGAAAUGCGCCCUGGCGGCUCAGGUGAAGGAUGAGUCGGAGCAGCUACGCGCUGCUGCGCAGGAGGCGGAGGAGCACCGACGAACGCACCAGGUCUUGUUGAUUCAGGAGAUUCAUUUGCUGCGCGAACGGCUGCGGGAGAAGCACGCCGCGAUGGGAACUGAGAGGCGCCGGGCCUGGGCGGAUGGAGAGGUCGACGCCGCCUUAGGCCGCAUGUCGCAGGCCGAGCUCCGUGACGCGCUGGAGCGCCUCUGCGAAGAGGUUGCGACCGCUGAGGAGUCACGGCGGCAACGGGUGGCUGAGGUACGCAGCCGCACACAGGAGAAACAUGAACGUCUUGAGCGCGAGUGCAUUCGUGAGCGCGAGAAGAAGCGACGAAUCCGUCAGGCAAACCUGGCGCAGCGCAUGGCCCACAGGGCGGCAGUGGAGGCGGAGCGGAUUCAAGUGGAGACGGCGCGAAUGGCGCAGUUCCACGAAAAACUGGAAACCCGACUCCAAGCCAAGCGUGAUGCCCACCGCGCCGCACACGAGACGGAGCGACAGCGCAGAAACGAAGUCUUGCUGUGCGCCCAAGACGGUGUCUCAAUGGAACGCAAGCGAUGGUCGCAGUACGAGGCAGGCCUGGUGCGAUGCGCAGAAGGCGAGCAGCUGAGGGUACUCAAAGAGGCUCAGCAUCUCGCGUAG